UCUGCACCCUCUUCUGCACCUCUCUCUCCUUCCGUAGCUCGUUCUCGUAGUACUUUGAGCCUUUCGUGGCCUCCAGAAUGAUCUGGUUGAUCUUGUCCCUGUCCAGACCCUCCAUACCGGCCUUGUUGUCAUUGAGACCGAUUCGAGAUAGUGGAGCACUUUGGAAGCUCUUGGACCUAGAGAUCUCCCUAGCAGUAGCAGCAGCUGUGGACUUAUUUAGAGAAACACAAGUUUCAUCUUCUUGUUCGCUACCACUGUGAUUAGCGGGGGAUUCCUCUUCAUCUUCAAAAAGGUCUGGACUUUCUCUACCAUCGUCUUCCAUCUUUUACGCGCGUGGCUUCGGUAGGCGCAAUCAUUACGGGGCUACCUCUUUUUGUUGAACUCAGAUGGCCUGCUCGUUGUUUGCAUGGCAGUAGAAAAGCGUCCGUUGCCAGUGCCGGCGACAGAGUCUGUACAAGGAGAGGAGUCGGAGGGGUGGAUAUAGACCGGCGAGUACCAAGUGAGCGGUGUAAAAGAACUGGGAUGCCCGCGAGACGGACGCAUCUGGCUUUGUGCGGGUUUCUACUCUGCUGCGUCAUCAGCUCGGGCAGUACUGCGGGCAGCGAGGGCGCUGCAGAGGACGCGCCUCAUGUGUUUGUGGCCCUGCAGACGAGGAACUCGGCUCACCUCCUGCCCAACUUCUUUGGCUACUUGGAGAACCUGGACUAUCCCAAAAGCAGGAUAUCAGUUUGGGUAAGAACUGAUCACAACCUGGACGACACUCCGGCUGUCCUGGAGGCGUGGUGCACCGCAGUGAGAGACGUCUACUUGUCUGUGGACUGCCAGCAUUCCAAGAAGGUUGUAUUUGAUGUUGGCUACCCUCCCCCCGACACUGAUGAACAGUACAGACACACAGCCAGCGUGCAGCAGACGGCACUGGAAGCUGGCCGCAGAUCUGGAGCCCAAUAUUUCUUUGUUUUGAAUACCGACAAUUUCAUUACUAAUCCCCAAACUCUACGUCUGUUGAUUGCCGAAGACAGGGUUGUUACAGCACCCAUGUUGAACAGUGAAGGCAACGCUGCUUUCUCCAACUUCUGGAUGGACCAAGACAGCCUGGGCUACUACAAACGGCACGAGGACUACCUGCCCAUCCUCCAGAGGAAUUUCACCGGUUGUUUCAGGGCACCGGUCCUCCUGCCACCUCUCCUCAUCCACCUCUCAUCUCCUCAGUCGCAGUCCCUCAUCUACCACCCUCCUCUGGAGGGGUUCAACGGUCCCACGGACGACAUCGUACACUUCGCCUACUCUGCCAAAAUGGGAGGAGUGGCCAUGUUCAUCUGUAACACCGAGCUGUUUGGCUACAUCAUGAGACCCCACACCCACCCCAGUCUCAAGGUGGCUGCAGAGAAAUUCGUCGACUUCAAAACAAAAACACUCGUGAAUUAUCCACCAGUCAUCUAUAGUCAGUUCGUGCCUGCACCAGCACAGCCCAAGAGCAACAUGGGUCUCGAUGCAGUGUAUAUGAUCAGCCUUGUCCGGCGGCCGGAGCGGAGGAACAGGAUGAUUGCCUGUCUCGACGAGCUCGGUUUUGACUACAUUGUAUUCGACGCAGUGGACGGGAGGAAGCUGAACGCCAGUUACGUGGAGGGAGAGCUGGGUAUUCACUACAUGUCCAACUGGAGAGAUCCCUGGGGCGAUCGAACUAUGACCUUUGGCGAGGUCGGCUGCUUUCUCAGCCACUACUUCAUCUGGAAGAAGGUGGUGGAUGAAGGUCUCGACAGGGUCCUAGUAGUGGAGGACGAUAUUGACUUUGAGCCUCGGUUCAGAGAGGGUCUGGCUGAAGUCAUGAAGGAGGUAGAGGUACUGACUCCCACCUGGGACCUCAUCUAUGCAGGGAGGAAGAGGCUGUACCUGGAUUCUGAGCCAGCGGUCCACGGGUCACGGAGACUGGUUCGACCAGCCUACUCCUACUGGACUCUGGGCUACCUCCUCUCCAACAGAGGAGCCAGGAAACUCCUGGAAGCCGAUCCUUUCCACAGUUUCCUCCCAGUCGACGAAUACUUCCCCAUUCUCUUUGGAAAACACCCUCAGUACGUCUAUACACCAGCUGUCCUCAGCAGCCCUAUACCCAUACUUAUUGCUUCGAAAUUUCUACUGCACAUGUAUGUACUGUUUGUUGUGCAGGAAGGAGUGGGCCCAGCACUACCCUAACCAGAACCUGGAGGUGUACUCUGCCAACCCCCUCCUCCUCCACCCCACCCACUACGUCGGGGACGCAGAGUGGUUCAGCGAUACCGAGCCUCCACUGGAGAUUUUGGAGGUAAUACGAGAGAAGAAGGCGCAGGAACAAGAAGUUAAACAACAGAAAGCUGCAGAGCAAGUGGCCGAGAUUGACGGUCGGCAGAAGGAGGUGAGGGACAAGGCGGUUCAGAGGCAAAUUGAACUCAUGAAAAAGAAAAUGAAACAGAGAUCGGAAUUGUGAAUAGGCUGGCUGGCUUUUUUUGCUUUGUUGUAGGUCUGUAUUUUCUACUGUCUACCAAACACUCAUUUGUUAACUCAACAACUUGGAAGCAAAUUUCACUCA